AUGAAAAUUCUAACAUCUUGUGUAAUUGAAAACAAAGAUGUAUUAUUUGCAAAACUGUCGGCUUCAGUGACAAACGAGAAAAAGAAAGCUGUAUGGGAAGACAUCACAAAGCAAAUAAAUUCUUCUUCUGCCUUGUGCAAGAGGGAAACAGAAGAAAUAAAGAAGAAAUGGAAAGAUGCAAGAUCCAUUGUAAAGAAGAAAGAAGCCAGUAGAAAAUACCAGACGAAGAGAACGGGCGGAGGGCCUCCCCCGGAAUCUGUAUUCAAGGCAUGGGAACUUGACAUUUUGUCAAUUAUACCGGAUGAACUUAUCUCUGGGAUUGACGGAGGGGUUGAUACUGCCUUUGCCAGUAAUUCUGAAACAAAUAACUUAGCCUCAUCAUGCACUGCAGUCCCAUCGGAAAUUUCCGCUGGAAUUCCAUCCUUGAUUGUAGAAGAAGUUGACGUUCCGGAAGAAGCUCCAAGUGUACAUGUGUCCGGGCCUUCCACAGACAAAUUCUUUGCUUCAACUCUGUAUGGAUCUAAACGUAAAGACACGGCCAGCGACCCCGACGCUGAGUUUAUGCUGAAUUUGAUAGGAGUGAAGGAGAGAAGAGCCAUCGCAGAGGAGAGAAAAGCAGAUGCCCUAGAGAGAAUAGCGGCGGCAUUUGAAAACAAAUUUGGCAUUUAA